GCCAAACUGCCCGGUUCAAUUCCCUGUCCCUCCAACAUCCCUCCACCAUCUCUCUCUCACUCAGACACACGCUGCAACAACGCAACGACGCUCCUCGAAAUGGCAGCCCCAGGAGUUUUGGACCCGACAAAGUCCGGCCAAUAUCCGGUUAUCCUUAGCGACGCCUUGCUGGGCAAGCCAUCCAAGGAGACAUACACAGGCAUAAGAUACAACCACCGGCCAGCACUCUCGUCAGAUACCGCACCCAACACAGCGCGCCUCAAGAAAUCCGCAAAGGACGAUUCCUACAACCUCGGCUUCGACGACCAAGGGGACAAGUACCAAUACAAUGGCGUCCGUACCACCGACGACGGCAACUACGUCCUCAUCUUCGACCCCGCUCGCAAGGCUUUCGUACUGCACCGAGUCGACUCGACCUUCCACAUGAACAUCACCCGCACACCGACAGACAACAACGCCGAAAGCCUACGCCAGCAAUUUCCCCAGCUCGAAGUCAAGACCGAGUCAACAAAGAGGCCAAGAGGGAAGGCCGCGGAGAAGGCUAGCAACAACAGGGCGAACACGACCAAGGCCACUCCCACAAAAGCCAAGGGCAACAAGAACCUUGGCGCCGGAGACACGCCAAAAUCGAAAGCGAGCAGCCAACCCGAGAAGAACAAGGCGGUGGAACUGACGCUCCCUAAUCUCAGCGCGGCACCUACCAACCCUAAAAAGCAGCCGUCAGCGUCUCAAUCAGAAAAAGAAAAGAAGCCAAAGCGCCCUGCUCUAUCGCCCGUUGAAUCAGAAGAAGACGACGAUGAUGACGACGGCGGCCUGACGGUCGAGUACCCGGAGGGCAACCCAGCCGUGCUCUGCGCAUCCAACCAAUAUAUGCCCACAUUCCCCUCUGUGAUAAGGCGCUUUUCCGAGUUUGCCAACGAGAGAGAGUCGGACGACGACGACUUCGAUACUACAAUGGCUGGUGGGUACGAUGCCGGGUUACCCGAGGAAGAAGGGUAUGCCGGGGACGAGUAUGAAGAGGAGGACGAGGAAGAGCCAUCGCACCGACUGGCCAGUCCUACCAGGCCUUCCCAGUUGGACGUUCCCGUCGCUGUCGAGCCUGACCGCUAUACGUUCGAUGACGGGGACGAGGACGAAGACGAGGAUGGCGACGAUGCCCUGGAGCAGGAUAUUGGAGACCUUGAGGCAGCCCUGAUGAGAGAGUUUGAGCAAGCCGAAGGUGGCAACGAGAGCGAUAGCUCAGUGAGCGAGGAGGAGUAAGAUUCGUUCCAACUUCGUCUAGAAACGGUCCCUUCUUGCUUUGUGCUGUGUUUAUAUAUUCGGGAUCGGUAUGUACGGCGUUGCGGUUUAUAGUGGCGGGCACUACAGUUGGUACCCUUGGUCCUCGCUGAAGCAUACAUUUGGGUUUAUUUUGGGAGAACGGCUUAGCCGGCGAGAAGUAUCUGCAAUGAUCUAAUUGUGCAUUCUUUUCUGCGACUGGAUGGAGUUAGCAGGUGUGGCAGGAUACCACACAAUCGCAAGGUUGAUAGACUUUAGUUGCUCCGAUGGGGCAUGGCUGAGUUGCUCUGAUGAGGCAUGGUUUCCUUGUUAGACAAAUAAUAGUUCGAUUACAUGCUUGGUUAGCAAUGAGUUGUAACUGGGAAACUUACUAACAAGAUAUCAACAAUCAUUGCUAUCUGCUCUUCG